UUGAAGAUGGAGCAAAGGUGUGGAAGCAGCGGGUCUCCAGACUAGCCGUGGUGAUGACACCUAAAUGUAUAACAACGACAACGAUGAGGAGAACCUAAAAUGCGAUUCAAAGCGGAACGGAAGAAGAAAAAAGGAGCCGUUGCUGAGGCUGAGAGCUCCAGCUGGGACAACAAAACAACAAGACAAGCAGCAAGUCAGCGUUGCACCGCGGCGGCUUUCAACUCGGCGGCGAGGUAACUUACAGCUGCACGUGAUAUGUAAUCGUAAUUGGAACAAAGUCCCUCAACAGAUUGGAACAACCUCCUUCAACAGAUUGGAACAAAGUCCCUCAACAGAUUGGAACAACCUCCCUCAACAGAUUGGAACAACCUCCCUCAACAGAUUGGAACAAACUCCUCAACAGAUUGGAGCAGCCUCCCUCAACAGAUUGGAGCAGCCUCCCUCAACAGAUUUUAGACUGCGGUACACUUUAGGACACCCUCAUCACCAUGUUAGUCUAUCCCUGUGGCAAAGACCUGCCCAGCCUCACCAACUACACCUUGAUCUUGCCAUCGGUGAGUGUUGGCAAUGCAGGGCAGCUGGCGGUGGACCUGAUAAUUACCAACCUGGCGUGUGAGAAGGUGGGCAUUGUGCACCACCCUGCUCUGUACCCACUGGUAGGGGGCAGCCCCUAUGACCCCAGCAGCAAAGAGGUCACCACCAGUGCUGACCUCCAUGUCUUGCCUGCCCACUCCCUUGCUGUCAUGCAGAUCCGAGUCCCCCUCAUAAAAAGUGAGCGACAUAACUUCCUGACUGAGCUGAUGGGGUGGUGCAAGUCUGUGGGCAUCCGGGAGGUGGUGAUGUUGGCCUCCUGCAAUGCCUACGAGCGAUGGGACAACAACCAAAUCACUGGCCCACAGCUGCGCUACCUCACCUCCCACACAACAGAGGAGGACGUGCAGGGGCUAGUGUCAGUUGGGGCUUUGGAGCUCGAGAAGCGCACGGACGAAGAGGGCGUCUCUCAGCCCUUCCUCUCGGGUGCUGGCUUUGUCAAACACUUCAUGGAAAUUUGUGACCUGCCGACCACUGUGCUGAUCAAGUUUGUGGAGGAGGGAGACAACACGAUGGACGCGGUCAUGCUGCUCAACUUUCUCAAUGCUUGGAAGAAGCUGGUCCAGGACAAAGCUGCAACAUGGAAGAUGCCUUUUUCUUGGAAAAAUAUGUUUGGGAGACCAACACCACAGGAGAUAUACUGAGGUAUUGCCUGCCAGGAGUGCAAUUUUUAUAUAUAAUAGUGAGAAAGAUUUUGUGUUUGCUCAGUUUUCAAGUAGAUGUUGCACAGUGUUAUGGAUCAUUGUUCAAUUUCUUGGAGAGUGUCUAAUGAAGGCAGAGUUUAUUUCUAUGUUCCUUUGUUGUUGCUGCAUGUUGAGAGUUGGGUUGGUUUGGGGAUCGCGCUGUGCAGCUCCUUCAACACUGUAAUGAAGGCAGAGCCUGUCCCUGCAUAUGUUGCUGAACAGAUAAAGCAAUAAAGUCCUAGGGACCAUUGUUAGCUCAUUGGACUGUACGAUGAAGGCAGCCUGUUGCUGCUUAUAUUUUUUAGUAAUACUUGCACCAUGUGGCUUAUGGAGUAGGCUGGGAAACACUUUGAGCCUGCUUGGGUACUUGAGGAUAAUUUGCCUUAAUGUACUUGAAAAGACUUAUUAUAAACUAAAUAAUAUUUGUAUACAAGAAAUCAGGUAAAUGAGAAUGAUGCCUGAUAAGUUGGAUAUGAAUAUGAAAGAACAGUUUACACAUGUAAAGAGAUAGAUAUUAGAAGUAAAUUUUUUCAAGAACUGUUACUGAAGGAUGUACUAAAGGGAUAAACAACCCCAAGAAGGUUGAAGAUUACGUUGUCUUUUUAGAUAUGAAGGGUGUUUUGGUGGCCGUGGAGAGUGUGUAUUGCAGGCUACUAGGAAAGGGUAGCUUGUGGAACAUCUUUGUGUGCUGCAGUUACUGAAAACUGAGCGUAUCUUUGUAACUAUGCUUAACAAUAAUAAAUAGAUAAUCAUG